GACUCACACCAGGGUAUCUUUCUUUCCACUACGUUCUCUCAGCAAAACUCAUUCGAACUGCAGUCUCUAUGCUACUGUUUCCGAUAUCCGAUAUUAAAGUAGUCGUUUGUGGAAUGGCUACAAUUGCGGCCUCUGUAGGAUAUGCCUGCACUCGGAGGUUUUCAGUUCAGACGCCGAUUAUGGAUCGCGACAGCGUACCUGACUCGGGGCAAGUUGAGAAGUCAGUCGAAGAAACCCCGACGGAUGCGAAUAGCGAUGAUUCCGCUCGGCGAACCUCUUUGAAGCGUAAACAAAUGCAUGAUCACGAUGAGAACAACAAUGACCUCGAAUAUCCGCAUAACCUAUCAGCUAUUUACCCCAAUAAGCGGAACAGGACUCCGCCUAUUUCUGAUGCGGAUGACGAGCCGGGUCAGGGGGUGUCUGUGGAUCCUGAUAACCAACAUCUUGGUAUGGCAUCUACCGCUGUCGAUACCUUGAACAAGGAUACGGCCCCGGAAGCAUCCGACAACCCGAAAGAAUCUCCUCGCAUCGAAGAAGCAACGACUACUGAGACUAGCCCUGGGCCUACAGAGGUUCUCACCACUGACAAGGCUCCCCUUGAUGUUGUUGAGGAUACCCCGACUGUCGCAUUAAAGACUGAAGCUACGAAGCCAGUCCUCCCGCAGCCUAAGCCCAAGCCUAGGUGCAGCCCUAUCAAAUCCUCAGGCGGAUUCGCAUCGUAUUCCGGGACGGCCUCGCCUUUCAAGACUAUCAAAGCAGGUUCUAGUACGACGACGCCAGUAUGGUCUCAUAAAAAUGUCAGUUCGACGACAGAUCGCGUAACGAUCGACCGGCCUUUGGCCGCCCCUACUGAGGCACCUCGAGAGUCGACCGUACCUCAUCUCACCGGAGAAGAAGAUGAAGAAGUAGCGACCGAUAUUAAGGGCGUGAGGCUAUACAUCAAGCGAGGGGAGAGAGAUUUUACUUCUGGCAUGCUGGGUCAUGUCAAGUUGCUCUCGAAUAAGACAUCCCAAAACCAGAGACUGCUCCUGCGCCGCGACCCAUUGUGGCAGGUAACGAUGAAUGUCCGCCUCACCCCCGCCGUCAAAUGUAUCUUCGAUGAAGAAGACCUUUCCCUUCGUGUUAUCCUGGCUGAAGCCAUUGAACGAGAAGACGUUCCAGUAGAGCAAUGGACUCGCGAGGUCGUCGUUUAUGCGCUCAAGCCAGGAAGGUCUUGUUCGAAACAAGACUUCCGAGAAUUUGCCGUCUCGCUGCUGGCCAGCACUAGUUUGAAAAGAUAGAUCCUCGAUUAUUGUAUGCGGAUGCUUUCGGCCGCAGUCCUAUUCAUAAUGACGACCUCGAUUUUUUUACGACUCUCGCGUGGCUUUGAGCUUCUCUCGCGUUCUGUUUAAUCCUCCGUGCUUGACGCACAUGGCUGACGACGUUCUUGAUGUUCUCGCGCAGCUCGAUAAUGGGCUGAUUCUCAGGCACCUCCUUAUCAACUAUAGUUUUCUCACGCGAGUCGCUUUCGCGCCCCGCCGCGCUGCGUCCAUAGAAAC